GGUUGCCAUUCUUGCCUUUCGCUACAUAUCUUUCGACUUCUGACACUCGUUGACAGACCUUGACUCUUUUUUGUUGCCUGCCUCUUAUUUGCACUCUCCUUAGGCCGCAUCGGAACCAGAAACCAAAUACAUCGAACGGAGCAUCGAGUCUACCACGUACCAUACCCUGCUUAAAACUGUCAUUCCAGGCCAGCAGGUCUAUCGCUACAAGAUGCGCGCCUCAACCGCAUCUUUGAUCUCUGCCUCGCUCCUUUUGGGGCAGGCAUCAGCCGCUCUUCCGCCCAUCAUCAUGAAGGGCAGUAAGUUCUUCUACGAGAACGGCACGCAAUUCUUCAUGAAGGGUAUUGCGUACCAGCAGGACAGUGCCGCCAGGGGUGCCACCACGAACAGCACCAAGUACGCAGACCCGCUUGCGAAUGUCGAGGCUUGCAAACGCGAUAUUCCCCUUAUGCAGGCUCUCAAGACCAACACCAUCCGGACGUAUGCGAUUGACCCGACGGCAAACCACGAUGAGUGCAUGGCGCUGCUUGAUGCCGCCGGCAUCUACGUCAUUAGUGACCUGAGCGAGCCCGCGCUGUCCAUCAACCGCGACGACCCCAAGUGGGACGUCGACCUGUACAAGCGCUACACGGGCGUGGUCGACAACCUCUCCAAGUACAGCAAUGUCAUCGGCUUCUUCGCCGGCAACGAGGUGACCAACAACAACACCAACACGCCUGCCUCAGCCUACGUCAAGGCUGCCGUGCGCGACACCAAGGCCUACAUUAAGAACAACGUGAAGCGCUGGAUGGGCGUUGGGUACGCUGCCAACGACGACGCCGACAUCCGCGUUCAGAUUGCCCACUACUUCAACUGCGGCGAUGAGGAAGACGCCAUUGACUACUGGGGCUACAACAUCUACUCGUGGUGCGGUGAAAGCUCCAUGUCCAAGUCGGGCUACGACACCCAAGUCGAGUUCUUCCGCAACUACUCAGUCCCCGUCUUCUUCGCCGAGUACGGCUGCAACCUGCCCAACGGCGCCGACGGACGCAUCUGGCAGGAGACGGAGGCCCUUUACUCGAAGGAGAUGACCGACGUUAUCUCGGGCGGCAUCGUCUACAUGUAUUUCCAGGAGACCAACGACUACGGCCUGGUCAGCGUAUCAGGCGACUCAGCCUCCACCAUGGCCAACUACGACGCUCUCAAGACCGUCAUGUCGUCCGUCGCACCCUCCGCCACAUCGAUGGACGCCUACACGCCCACCAACUCGCCCGCCGCCUGCCCGGACCUGAGCAAGUCCUGGCAGGUCAAGGGCGAAUCGCUGCCUCCGACCCCAAACUCCAGCCUCUGCGAGUGCAUGUUCGCCUCCCUCUCGUGCGUCCCCGCCUCGAGCACCUCACCCAAGGACUACGGUGACAUCUUCAACUACGUGUGCUCCGAGACCCCCGACGCCUGCGCCGGCAUCAGCGGCAACACCACCUCGGGCGUCUACGGCGCCUUCUCCAUGUGUAACGCGACCCAGCAGCUCGGCUACGUGCUCGACCAGUACUACAAGUCGCAGAACAACGCCGCCGGGGCAUGCGAUUUUGAAGGCAAGGCGACCAUCCAGCAAGGCGCGGCGGACAGCACGUGCAGCGCGGCGCUGAGCAGUGCGAGCGCCGGGGCUACGUCGACGAGCGGGGCGGAUUCUCAGACCAGCUCCAAUGCGGCCGUUGCGCGCGGGCCGGUCAAGGCCUUGUUUGGGCUGGCCGAUGCGGCGGUUGGCUUGUAUGUGCUCAUGGCCAUGGGCGUGGGCGCGGGUAUGGUGCUUUUGUAAGCGACGUGAGUAAGCGGUGUUGGUGCAUGGAUAGGCGGAGGCGGAGGCUGGGUGGGUUUUCCGUGUGGUUAAACUGGCUUUAUUGGCACUAUCUGUUUGGGUUAGUUAUAUUACAUUGUACUUAGAGUAAUUCGAGGUCGUAGGAUAUUCCCAGGUCGUUGAGUUAUAUCAUGUGGACUUUCUGGCGUCUGGUGUCCUCC